AUGCGUGCUGUGCUGAGUCUCAUCGCUGGCCUGGGCCUUCCAAUCGUUACCCAGGCUGCCUCCAACACCUCCUGGCCGUGGCAAUCGUACCGCAGCUCGGCGUUCGAGCCUCCGGACCUGAAGGUUACCAAGCAUGGAGACACAACGCCCGGGUUCUUUUUCUUCGACCAGAAUGGCCCCACAGGCCACAACUACAGCCUCUUCAUCAUGUCCGAGGACAAUGAACUCGUCUGGCAGAGCCCCAGGGGCAGCUACAGCGCCUACAAGCCCCAGUUCCUCAACGGCGAGCCUGUCCUUGUGUUCCACAAUGGCAUCGACUUUAGCGAGCCUUAUGGCUUUGGUUACGGAAUCAUCGAGAUCUACGACAGCUCUUACGAUAACAUCUACAAUGUCUCCGUGACCUCCGACGACGACACUUUCACGGCCAUCGGCGGGUACGACGACUCGGGUGUGUACUCUUGGAUUGAUAUGCACGAGUCCAAGAUUACUCUCGAGAACACCAUUCUGGUUACCCUGUACAACGUCACGCAGUACGACCUCAGCUCUAUCGGUGGCCCCAAGGAUGGCUGGGUGACAGACUCUCUCUUCUAUGAGAUUGACGUUGUCACCAACGAGAUUCUCUACAGCUGGAGCGCUCUUGACCACACCGAUGAGAUACCCUUGGAGGACGUCCAAAAGUUCUACCCGCUCGAGGAUUACGGACGGAACAGGACAUUGCCGUAUGGCUAUUUCCACAUCAACUCCGUCGACAAGUUUGCCGACGGCUCGUACCUCAUCUCUUCGCGCUUUUACUCGUCUUUCUUCAAGAUUGCCACCGAUGGCAGUGUUGAGUGGACUCUUCAGGGAGACUCGGGUGCCGAUUUUGAGCUUGGGAAUGAUAUCUCCUUCAGGUAUCAGCACGAUGCUCGGAUUCGCAGAGAGACGGACGACGGCGUCGAGAUCAGCUUCUUCAACAACGACAACUCGGGUAUCACCUAUGGUAUCAACGAGACCACCGGUAUCAUUCUCUGGGUCGAUGAGAAGCAGCGCAAGGCCACCCUGGUCAGCGAACUCAUUGACCCCAACGAUACCAUCUACUCCGCCUCUCAAGGCGGCCUGCAGCCUCUGCCGGAUGGUCACCACUUCAUGAGCUAUGGCUCCACCCCCAAGAUGAAAGAGUUUGGCAUCAACGGAACUCUUCUGAUGAGCAUGCAGUUCGGCAACGGCGAUGGCACUGUAUUCAGCUACCGCGGCUACAAGUCCCCCUGGGUUGGCCUGCCCAGUGACCCGCCUAGCGUCUACGCGUGUGUCAACGAUGAUGGCAACACUGAGGUGUACAUGAGCUGGAAUGGUGCUACCGAGCACAAGCAGUGGCACAUCUUCUCUGGUGAGAAGGAGGGAGCGCUCGCCCUUUCUAGAAAUGUGACAAAGAGCGGCUUCGAGACCUCUGCCACUCUUUCCGGUCGCGUGUCCUUUGUUCAGGCCGAGGCCUCUAACGGAUCGGGAUACGUGUCCAAACGUUCAGAGGUGACUUCGCCUACCGAGGAGUGCUAA